UGAGCCAACGCAUGGACCUGGGACACAGGACGAAGUUCAGGAUAGGGAAUCAAAAGGACAGACUUCUGUCACACACGUGCACACACACACACACACACACACCCAACAGAUAAUCCUGGUGCUCGGAGGGAAGGAUGUAGAAGGUUUGACGAAGAGAAGAGGUUAAAGAUGCAACUCAAGUCAAGCUAAUUCCAGCUAAAACCUUCUGCAAGUGGAAUAAUCAUGGCAGCCAGCAAGACUAGCAGUAAUGUGGUGCAUCGUGCCAGUGGACUGUCAUCCCAUAGUAGUCCUUCUCCCACAGAAAACGGGCCUGUCAGACAGGAUGCCAAACACACAGAGUUUAAUUCAGAAGAUAUGCAGCAGUGGACAAGGCAUGUAGAGCGGAUAAAAGCAAAGGUCAUUGAGCAAGUAAAAGCUCAGAUGAGUGAGGUGUUGGACAAAGUGCUUACAGACUCAUUGCAGUCGUUCUCCCAAAGCACACAUUCAAAUGCAGUUGAGAAUACACACCAACAGACUGAUGGAAAAACUAGGAGACAUAGAAUGCAGGAUGGAAAGGUGUUUGUUGCCAGGCAGUCCAUACUUGACGAGCUGUUUGAGAUCAGUCACAUCCGGACCAUUUAUCACAUGUUCAUUGCUGCUCUCUUACUUUUCAUCAUCAGCACAUUGGCAGUGGAUUACAUUGACCAGGGCAGGCUGGUUCUAGAUUUUGACUUGUUCUUCUAUGCCUUUGGUCAGCUGGGCACUGUCAUAUGGGCCUGGCUUAUCAUGUUCAGUUACACCCUGCUUGGACCAUACUAUAUUCUGAGCCAGUGGCAGGAACUGUACCAUCACUUCCAGUGGAAGAAGCCAGUAUCAGUAGCAACAGCUGUGGUGCUGUUGGCAGCUGAAAUGAGUGUGCUGGGUUAUUUUCCUGUAUAUGUUGUCCUGCACUACCAGUUGCCCCCAGCAUCACGCUUCAUCAUCAUCCUUGAACAGAUAAGAUUCCUGAUGAAGAGCUAUUCCUUUAUUCGGGAGACGGUGGUGGCAGUCCUCAGAGCCAAAUCAAAGAAAGGUGAGGCUGCCAGAUUCCCUGCUCUUUCCAGCUAUCUAUACUUCCUGUUUUGCCCAACUCUGAUCUACAGGGAGACAUACCCUCGAAACCCUUAUAUCAGAUGGAACUAUGUGGGGAGGAACUUUGCAAUGAUUUUGGGAAGUCUGUUUUACCUCUACUUUAUCCUGGUACGUCUGUGUAUCCCUGUGUAUAAGAAUGAGAGCAAUCAGCCAUUCAGUCGACGCACUCUGGUUCUGGCUGUGUUUCACUCAACCUUACCAGGUAUGCUGAUGCUCCUACUGGGCUUUUUUGCUUUUCUGCACUGUUGGCUCAAUGCCUUUGCUGAGAUGCUGCGCUUUGCUGAUCGGAUGUUUUACAAAGACUGGUGGAACUCCACCUCGUUCGCUAACUACUACCGCACCUGGAACAUUGUGGUGCAUGACUGGCUCUAUUAUUAUGCCUACAGGGACUUCCUCUGGUUAUCGGGUCAUCGUCUCCGCUCAGUAGCCACACUGUCUGUGUUCGCAGUUUCAGCUUUUGUUCAUGAAUAUGCUUUUACCAUGGGCUUUGGCUUUUUCUACCCUGUGAUGUUCUGUCUGUUCGCAGUUAUUGGAGUGGUCUUCAACUUCACCCUCAAUGACAAGCGCAAAGGUCCUGUGUGGAACAUUAUUAUGUGGACAUGUCUGUUCAUUGGUCAAGGUGUGCAGGUGUGCCUAUACUGCUUGGAAUGGUACGCUCAGGUUCACUGCCCACGUACUGGGACAGGGUUCUGGGAGUUGGUGACACCAAGAUCCUGGACAUGUAGUUAUAAGGGAUAACAUCUAAUGCUAUCUAAUGCUGCUACAGUCAUUGUUACUUUAUAUGAUGACUGCAGUUGAUCUAGGCAUAGCAAAAGGCAAUAUACAGCCUGAUCAUCAUCGUCAUCAUCAUCAUCAUCCAUCAAUCAUCAUCACUCAACAUCAACUCAUCAAUAAUGUGGUGUCUACACUAUAUGGCCAAAGAUUUGUGGACACCUGGCCAUCACACCCAUUUGUGGGCCUUCUUUAAACAGUUGCAAGAAAGUUGGAAGCAGACAAUUGUAUAGGAUGUCACUGUAUGCUGUAGCAAUACGACUUCCCUUCACUGGAACUAACAGGUCCAAACCUGUUCCAGCAUGUGAACGCCUUUGGGAUGAAAUGAAAUGCUGACUGCGCCCCAGGCCUCCUUCCCCAACAUCAGUGCCUGACCUCACUAAUCCCCACAACCAUGUCCCAGAAGAGUAGAAGACUCAAAGUGGGGAGUAAAUCUGGAGUGGGACAUUCAAAAAGCAUAUAUAGGUUCAAUGGUCAGGUGUUUACAAACCUUUGGCCAUAUAAUGUAUUUAUCAUCUGGCUGGACAAUUCAUACUACGUAAUGAAUUGGACUAAAUCGAGACUGAAAAACAGGCCCGGUAUGUUCAAAAGUGACAGUUCAAUACCUUCCAAGGUAUCUCAUGAGAGACAAAAAGAAGCAUUAAAUGCAUAUCUGUAUGCUUAAUUUUUCUCCUUCUUGCUUCCUGUAACUUGUUAACUGUGCACUGUGUAAUAAUAAAAUAAUAAAAUGCCUUCCAUAUACUGAUAA